UCUGCCCCAGCGCAGAAUAGAAUGGCUGGCGACAACCACACGGCAGUGUCAGAAUUCAUCCUCCUGGCAUUCGCUGACUCGCCAGCGCUGCUGGUUCCCAUCUUUACACUCUUCCUCGCGAUCUACAGUGUCACCAUGUUGGGGAAUCUCGGGAUGAUCACGUUAAUCAGCCUUGACCCGCAGCUCCACACCCCCAUGUACUUUUUCCUCAGCAACUUGGCUUUUGUGGAUUUCUGCUGCUCCUCUAUGAUCGCUCCCAAAGCUAUGGAGACCUUCCUUGUGGAGAGCAAAGCCAUUUCUUUUGCUGGAUGCCUAGUGCAGUUUUAUGUCUUUAUAGCUGUGGUUUCUGCUGAAUGCCUACUCUUGGCGAUAAUGGCCUAUGACCGUUAUGUGGCCAUUUGCAAUCCCUUGCUCUACACAACUGUCAUGUCCCGAGGACUUUGUCUCAGGAUGGCUGCCGGGGCAUAUACCCUGUGCUUACUGAACUCCACGAUGCACAUCACCUUCAUAAGUCGUUUAUCUUUCUGCCACUCCAACGUCAUCAAUCACUUUUUCUGUGAUAUCCCCUCGCUCUUCAAGCUCUCCUGCUCUGACACCCUCCUCAAUGAAAUGCUCAUUUUCAUUACCGCCGGAGGAAAAGCACUGAGUUCCAUCCUGAUCAUUCUCGCUUCCUACACGUACAUCCUCUCUGCCAUCCUGAGGAUCCCCUCCAGCCAGGGCAGAUACAAAGCCUUCUCCACCUGCACCUCCCACCUGACCGCUGUCAGCAUCUUCUACGUGACUGGCCUAUUUAUCAAUUUACAGCCCCGUUCCAACUUCACACCCACUCAGAGCCAAGUGAUUUCUGUGUUUUACACUCUCGUCAUCCCCAUGCUGAAUCCUUUGAUCUAUAGCUUGAGGAACAAGGAAGUGAAAGCUGCUCUCAGACGAGUGAUGAGCAGAAAAACCUUUUCUCCUUUAUUCUGUUAG